UUGAGCAUAGAAUUGCUUUGGUGUAAAAAAAAAGUUGUCAAUAUAAAAAUAAUGCGCAAAAUGGGUGACGAUGAUCCGCCAAGUUUGGAAUAUAUUGAAGAUCCAUAUUAUCCAAAAACCGAAACAAUGACACCGUCAUUAGAUGAGGAAGAAAUCACUGAAUUCGAUCAUCGUGCAUUGUAUGAUGAUGACGAUAGUGUUUGUCGUGAAUGGUCACCCGAAACCGAAUUAUAUAUACGAUCAUUGCCACUUGAUCAACUAUUUAGUAUAUCCGACGAACACGAAGAUACAGACGAUUACCAAACAGCUGAAGCAGAACUAGGCUCUAUUAAUCAAAACUGUGAUUCAAAUCGAAAUGGAAUCCUAAAUUCCAGUAAACAAAUUAAAAUUUUAGGAAAAUUAUUCAAUCGCCAAUCAAUUCGUGAUGUGAAAGUUACAUUUAUAGACUUUUCGAAGCCUUAUUUAGCAAAAAUAUCCAGUAAUGAUAAUUAUAAAAAUUUCCUCAAUAUUGGUAGCCGAGAUGGAUCUGAAAAAUUGUCCGACACCUCACCGGGAGCGGCUUCAAUAAGCUCCGUUGAUAUUGCAAAUGAAUUUGCCAGUUUAUCGAGUGAAGAGCAAGAUCGUGUUCGGGCUGAAUGGAGUCAGGAAUUGGCUCGUGUUGAAGAAGAAAUUGCAACUUUACGAACUGUACUUACAUCGAAGGUGCGUCAUGCCAGCGAGCUGAAACGAAAAUUGGGCAUUACCGUUUGGAAGGAGAUCUCCGAUGAUAUGAACCAAAGUUUGAAAAAUGUCCGCGAAAGCCAAGUGUUUCAAAAAACAGAAUCUGCAAUUAAAAGUACAGCUGAAAAGACAACAUCGAUCUUGGGCGGGCUAACAAGUGGAUUCACUAGUAAAUUGAGCCAAAUGAAAAAAUCUGAUUCGUAUCGUUCAAUUGAAGAGCGUGUUGGCAGUGCCUAUGAAAAUGUUAAGACAAAAGUGUCAACAUCUCGUUCUGGGUCCGUUCAUAGUUUCACCGAUGAAAAUAACCUAGAUAGUCACACCUCAACAGCCCCACAGUCACCAUCAAUUCCUGAAGGAAAGAGCAUUCCAUAAGCAUGUGCAUGAAAAAAAAAAUAAGAACUAUACAUGGUGUAGAACAGAAGUGGCCGUAAACAAAAAAAAUUACUUGAAACAAUGAUUGCUUUAAUGGUUAUACGAAAUGAAUAAGCUUUGUGAAACAGAUACUUUUUCGCAAAAAUAUUUCAACAAAAAAAAAUAUAUAUAAUAAUGCAUAAUUAAAAUUUGAAUGCGACCAAAUUACAUGUUUUUGCUUCUCAAAUACCGAUUCUAUUUUAACAUUUUAUUCUAAAUAGCCAUCCAAAUGACUUUUUCAAAACAACAUGUUUUGAGAAAAAAACAGAUUUCCGAAACAAAAAAAAUGUAGCGUCGGUAUUCGAUAGGCAAGUUCAUGUAAUAUAUAAUGAUCAUCAAAAUAAUGACAUUAAAAAUAUUAAAUACAAUUACGAAAUCAGUUAAUUUUUGAUAAUCCUUUAAUAAAGCAUCCUCUGGUUCAUUGUGUCA